AUGGUGCUCUGGGGUCCGCUGCUGGGAGCCCUGCUGCUGGUCGUGGUAGGGUACCUGUGCCUGCUGGGGCUGCUCCGGCAGCGCAGGCCUCAGGAGCCCCCUCUGGACAAGGGCCCUGUGCCCUGGCUGGGCCAUGCCAUGGCUUUCCGGAAGAAUAUGCCUGAGUUCCUGAAGCGCAUGCGGGCCAAGCACGGGGACGUGUUCACGGUGCAGCUGGGGGGCCAGUACUUCACCUUCGUCAUGGACCCCCUCUCCUUCAGCCCCAUCCUCAAGGACGUGAAGAGGAAACUGGACUUUGUGGAGUAUGCGGAGAAGCUGGUGCUCAAGGUAUUCGGAUACCAGUCCGUCCCGGGCGACCACCGGAUGAUACACACCGCCAGCACCAAGCACCUCAUGGGCCACGGCUUGGAGGACCUCAACAAGACCAUGCGGGACUGCCUGUCCUUGGUGAUCCUGGGGCCGAAGGGCCCGAGCCCGGAUGCCAGCAGCUGGCGUGAGGAUGGCCUCUUUCACUUCUGCUACAACGUCUUGUUCAAGGCCGGCUACCUGAGCUUGUUUGGCUACACGAAGGACUCGGAGCGGGACCUUCUCCAGGCGGAGGAGCUGUUUACGGAGUUCCGGAAGUUCGACCGCCUGUUCCCCAGGUUUGUGUACUCCUUGCUGGGGCCCCGGGAGUGGCUGGAGGUGGGCCGGCUCCAGCGGCUCUUCCACAAGACUCUCUCGGUGAAAGAAAACCUGGAGAAGGAUGGCGUGAGCAACUGGAUAGCCUACAUGCUUCAGUUUCUGAGGGAGCAAGGGGUAGCCCCGGCCAUGCAGGACAAGUUCAACUUCAUGAUGCUGUGGGCCUCGCAGGGGAACACGGGGCCUACCUCUUUCUGGGCCCUCUUGUUCCUCCUGAAGCACCCAGAAGCCAUGCAGGCUUUGAGAGAGGAGGCCGCCCGGGUCCUGGGGGAGGCCCAGCAGUCUUUCAACUUGGACGUCAGCGUCCUGCAGCGCACCCCGGUGCUGGACAGCGUGAUGGAGGAGACGCUGCGGCUGGGGGCAGCGCCCACCCUGCUCAGAGUGGUGCACGAUGACCACGUCCUGACGAUGGCCAGCGGGGAGGAGUACCGGCUCCGCAACGGAGACAUCGUGGCCCUCUUCCCUUACCUCUCAGUGCACAUGGACCCGGACAUCCACCCCGAGCCCACUGCCUUCAAGUACGACCGCUUCCUCAACCCCGAUGGCAGCCGGAAGGUGGACUUCUACAAGGCGGGCAAAAAGAUCCGCCACUACACCAUGCCCUGGGGCUCGGGCGUCUCCAUGUGUCCCGGCAGGUUCCUGGCCCUCAGCGAGAUGAAGCUCUUUGUUCUGCUCAUGAUCACACACUUUGACCUGGAGCUGGUGGACCCCGACACGCCAGUGCCGCCCGUGGACCCCCAGCGCUGGGGCUUUGGCACCAUGCAGCCCAGCUAUGAAGUGCGCUUCCGAUACCGCCUGCGGUCCCCUGAGUGA